GAGUGUUGCAUGCAACGGACGUGAAUAGAGAUUUUGGAAAAUAAUUUUGAGAUGCAUAUCUCAGACAGCCAGCAUCCCUUUUUCCCAUACACAGAAGAAGAGAAGCAAGAAAUAAGGAAGGAACUUGGCUUGAAAGAGGCAGCCAUACAAGAAGACAUCGACGCCAUUUUGGAGUGGUUCAGAAAACAACCACAUCUGGUUGAUGCUGGAAUUAAUCGAGCUGUAAUUGAAAGAACAUUGAUCACAGCUAAAGGGUCUCUAGAGAAGACAAAACAGAGACUAGAUGCUCUAUACAAAUACAGAGGAUUAGCUCCAGAACUGAUACAAAACAGAGAAAAAGAUCUGUCGGAUUAUGGAGAUCUGUGGUCUUUUUAUCGCCAAGCUGCCAUGCCAAAGCUGUAUAAAGGUCAAAGGGUAUCCAUAAUAAAGAUUGUAGAUCCAGACCCGAAUAAUUUCUUCAUUGACAUCCUGUUUAGAAAUACUUUUAUGCUAGGAGACAUAAGACUACAGCAUGACUACAUGCUGGGCGAGAUAUGGGUGGUGGACGUGGGGAACUGCUGCCUGAGUCACUUGCUAAGGCUGAACCCUUUGAUCAUGCAGAAGACAGCCCAGAUCUUUCACGAAGGUCUUGGUCUCCGUGUAUCAGCAAUCCACGUUCUCAACUGCCCAAGAUACGGCCAAACGGUACUAAACGUCAUGAAACAGUUCUUCAAGCCAAAGAUCCUGGAUCGCACCAUAUUCCACGGUAGCUUAGAUGAGUUGUAUGAAUAUAUUCCAAAGCGGCAUCUACCAAAGGAUUAUGGAGGGGAAGAACCGUCUUUGGAUGAAUUUAAAGAAAAAUACGAAAAAGAGUGUAGAUCGGAGAAGACGAAGAAAUUCUUGAUAGAUAGUAGCAAGAUGGUUUCAAAUGAAUCGAAAAGACCUGGCACGUACAUUUAUGAAGAAUGUUUGACUGGCUCAUUCAAGAAAUUAGAUUUUGAUUAAGAUUUAUGUCUUCUGACACACGCCCGUAUUCACAAACGAUGCUUGCUUAAGUGAAGUAGCAAAUCGAACGCACAGUGUUGAAUAGAGCUCUGUGAUUGGUUUGUGUGUCACCCUGUGCGUCCACGCGCACUGUGAGACCUCAUAGUAAUGUUUGUGAAUACGGGCGUCAAUCUGAUAUGCGUGAGUUUGUAUCAAGUUGUGAGCUUUGUAUCAAUAGGAACUUAAGAUUGGUUUAAAGAAGUCUUUAAAACUUAUUUUGAUAAGCAUUCCUGUUUUGAUAGGUUUAAGUGUAUUUAUUUGAAAAGUAUCAAAACAGUGAUUAGUAUCGUAAGUUAGACUCUCGCAUA